CAGGUUUAGUGUGGUCGGCUAUAAUAUUAGUAUUCGGGCUGACGGCUCAUGCGCGAGGGUAAUCCUCCUGAUGGAGUCUAACUAUAUAGGUGCUGGAGAUAUACUGGCUGUUGCGAGGGUAUAUAAGGCAGGCAAGGCCCGCGGCGCGCCGUAGUGUGAAUGUGGCCACGCUCCUAAACCACGGUCCGCUGCGCGAAUAAACGAUCGCACGAAAGCAAUCAAAUCAAUUAGCUACUUUAUUUUUGUUGCCAAUUACCGAGGUGAAGGCUGUGUUUUUGUUUGAAAUUUUGUUUUUGUGAGGAAUUAUACUAGGCGGAAACAUGACUCACCAGGACACAUCGCUCAAAUUCGAAACCAUGGAGGCGGGUGAUUUCAAAGAUUUCGCUAAGGCGAUGACUGACUACAUCGCCGAGUACUUGGAGAACAUAAGGGACAGGCAAGUGGUGCCUUCAGUGAAGCCCGGCUACCUGCGGCCGCUCGUUCCUGAGCAGGCCCCCGAGCAGCCCGAGCCGUGGACCGCCGUGAUGGCCGACAUCGAGCGCGUCGUCAUGACCGGCGUCACCCACUGGCACUCGCCGCGCUUCCACGCCUACUUCCCCACUGCCAACUCCUACCCCGCCAUUGUGGCUGACAUGCUGAGUGGCGCUAUCGCCUGCAUCGGAUUUACUUGGAUCGCUAGUCCCGCAUGCACCGAGCUAGAAGUAGUCAUGUUAGACUGGCUGGGCCAGAUGCUGGGUCUGCCGGAGGAGUUCUUGGCGCGCUCGGGCGGCGAGGGCGGCGGCGUGAUCCAGGGAACUGCCAGCGAGGCUACUCUCGUGGCUCUCCUCGGGGCCAAGUCCAGGGUCAUGCAUAGAGUUCGCGAGCAACAUCCAGACUGGACCGACUCGGAUAUACUUUCCAAGCUUGUGGGAUAUUGCAAUAAACAAGCGCACUCAUCAGUGGAGCGCGCCGGGCUCCUCGGCGGGGUUAAGUUGCGCUGCCUACAGCCGGACGGCAAGCGACGGCUCCGCGCCGACAUCCUCCGCGACGCGAUCAGGGAAGACAAGGCCAAAGGACUUAUACCCUUCUACGUUGUGGCAACCCUGGGCACGACGUCAUCUUGCACCUUCGAUGCGCUUGAUGAGAUCGGUGACAUUUGUGCGGAGGACGACAACCUGUGGCUCCACGUCGACGCUGCCUACGCCGGCUCUGCAUUCAUCUGCCCCGAAUACCGUUACCUGAUGAAGGGUAUCGAGAAGGCCGACUCCUUCAACUUCAACCCUCACAAGUGGAUGUUGGUUAACUUCGACUGCUCAGCCAUGUGGCUGAAGCAGCCACGCUGGAUCGUCGACGCGUUCAACGUGGAUCCUCUGUACCUGAAACAUGACCAGCAGGGCUCCGCCCCUGACUACCGCCACUGGCAAAUUCCCUUGGGCCGUCGAUUCAGAGCCCUUAAGCUCUGGUUCGUUUUGAGAUUAUACGGAGUCGAGAAUCUUCAAAAGCACAUUAGAAAGCAUAUAGCGUUAGCUCAUUAUUUCGAAAAGCUGUGCUUGGAAGACGAGAGAUUUGAGAUAUUUGAAGAGGUGACAAUGGGGUUGGUUUGUUUCAAAUUAAAGGAAAGUAAUGAGGUUAACGAGGAGCUGCUGAGAACGAUUAACGGACGGGGCAGAAUUCACCUCGUGCCGUCCAAGAUCGAUGAUGUGUACUUCCUAAGGCUUGCUGUUUGCUCACGCUUCACCGAGGAUAAGGACAUCCAGGGGUCGUGGGAGGAAGUAAAGGCUUCAGCCGAUGAAGUCCUUAAGAAAUUAAAAAAGUAGACAAACGACAAUGCAAAAAUGUUAAAGGCAGAUGUUGAGCAGUUACCCGAUCAAGCCCUAAACACCAAGUAUAUGUUAUAUCAAUAGAGUAAGUUCUUGUAAAACAUGGUGUUCCACCGA